AUUAAGUUUUGAAACUUUUGAUUGUGUUGCAUCACUGUUAAAAAAUGGAUGUUCCAAGUCUGGUUGUUGUUCUCCAGGCUGCUCUCAGUCCCAAUCCUGCUGAACGCAAAGCUGCUGAAGAAAGCCUCAAUAAGUAUCAGUAUACGCCUCAGCAUCUGGUGAGACUGUUGCAGAUCGUCAUUGAAAAUAAUUGUCCUAUUGCGGUUCGUCAAGUUGCUUCUAUUCAGUUCAAGAACUUCAUUGCCAAGAAUUGGGCUCCUCUUGAUCCAAACGAGCCGCAGAAAAUUCUGCAAAGUGACAAAGAUGUGGUUCGUGAUCAUAUUCUCGUAUUUGUAGCUCAAGUUCCUCCUUUGUUGAGGGUGCAAUUGGGUGAGUGUCUCAAGACGAUUAUUCAUGCGGAUUAUCCAGAGCAGUGGCCACGGCUUCUGGAUUGGGUGAAGCAUAACCUGCAGGAUCAGCAGGUUUAUGGGGCUUUGUUUGUGUUGCAGAUACUUGCUAGAAAAUAUGAGUUCAAGUCAGAGGAGGAGAGAACUCCAGUUCACCACAUUGUUGAGGAGACAUUUCCUCAUCUUCUCAAUAUAUUCAACAGACUUGUUCAGAUUGAAAAACCAGCAGUGGAAGUGGCAGAUUUGAUAAAGCUUAUUUGUAAAAUUUUCUGGUCAUCUAUCUAUUUGGAGAUUCCUAAGCAGUUACUUGAUCCUAAUGCCUUCAAUGCUUGGAUGAUGCUUUUCUUAAAUGUUUUGGAGAGGUCUGUUCCCGUGGAAGGCCAACCUGUAGAUCCCGAGCUCAGGAAAUCAUGGGGGUGGUGGAAGGUGAAAAAAUGGAUUGUUCACAUUUUAAAUAGGCUAUAUACUAGGUUUGGAGAUUUAAAGCUUAGGAAUCCAGAAAACAGGGCUUUUGCCCAAAUGUUCCAAAAGAACUACGCAGGGAAAAUUUUGGAAUGCCACUUAAACUUAUUGGGUGUCAUUCAUGUCGGUGGAUAUCUCCCUAACAGAGUUACCAACCUUAUUCUUCAAUAUCUAAGCAACAGCAUAUCAAAAAAUAGCAUGUACACUUUAUUGCAACCACAACUUGAUGUUCUUCUUUUUGAGAUAGUCUUCCCUCUCAUGUGCUUCAAUGACAAUGAUCAGAAGCUUUGGGAGGAAGAUCCACAUGAGUAUGUAAGGAAGGGCUAUGAUAUUAUUGAAGAUUUAUAUAGUCCAAGGACUGCUUCCAUGGACUUUGUCAGCGAGUUAGUCAGAAAACGCGGUAAAGAGAAUCUUCAAAAGUUUAUUCAAUUCAUUGUGGAAAUUUUCAAGAGAUAUGAUGAAGCACCGCUAGAAUAUAAGCCCUACCGACAGAAGGAUGGUGCUCUACUUGCCGUUGGAGCGCUUUGUGAUAAACUGAAACAAACUGAGCCCUAUAAAUCUGAAUUGGAACAUAUGUUGAUUCAACAUGUUUUCCCAGAGUUCCGCAGUCCUGUUGGUCAUCUUAGAGCCAAGGCGGCAUGGGUAGCAGGACAAUAUGCCCAUGUAAACUUCUCUGACAAGAAUAAUUUCCUCCAAGCACUUCAUAGUGUUGUUUCUGGGCUGCGUGAUCCAGAACUUCCUGUUCGAGUUGAUUCAGUUUUUGCAUUGAGAUCAUUUGUUGAAGCUUGCAAAGAUUUAAAUGAUAUUCGUCCUAUUCUUCCUCAGCUACUUGAUGAGAUUUUUAAACUUAUGAAUGAGGUUGAGAACGAGGACCUUGUUUUUACCCUGGAGACUAUAGUUGACAAGUUUGGGGAGGAGAUGGCGCCUUACGCUCUUGGAUUAUGUCAGAAUUUGGCAGCUGCAUUUUGGAGGUGUAUGAACACGGCAGAAGCUGAUGAUGAAGUUGAUGAUCCUGGUGCUCUGGCUGCAGUUGGCUGUUUACGUGCCAUAGGCACAAUACUUGAAUCGGUUAGCAGGCUUUCUCACCUGUUUGUUCAGGUUGAGCCUACUUUGCUUCCAAUCAUGCAAAGAAUGUUGACAACCGAUGGACAAGAGGUUUUUGAAGAAGUCUUGGAGAUCGUUUCAUAUAUGACCUUCUUUUCUCCGACUAUAUCGUUGGAUAUGUGGAGCCUUUGGCCGUUGAUGAGUGAAGCAUUAGCUGAUUGGGCAAUAGACUUCUUUCCAAAUAUUUUGGUUCCUUUGGACAACUAUGUAUCUAGGGGAACUGCACAUUUUCUUACUUGCAAGGAACCUGACUACCAGCAAAGUCUUUGGAAUAUGAUUUCAUCUAUUAUGGCUGAUAAAAAUUUAGAGGACAAUGAUAUUGAACCAGCCCCAAAGCUGAUUGAAGUAGUGUUUCAAAACUGUAGAGGGCAGGUGGAUCACUGGGUUGAGCCAUAUUUAAGAAUCACACUUGAUCGAUUGCAACGAACGGAGAAAUCACAGUUGAAAUGUCUUCUUGUACAAGUGAUUGCCAAUGCAGUCUAUUACAAUGCACCUUUGACACUCAGCAUAUUGAAUAAGUUUGCUGUUACAACAGAAGUGUUCAACCUUUGGUUCCAAUUGUUGCAACAAGUCAGGAAGAGUGGUGUACGGGCCAAUUUUAAGCGGGAACAUGAUAAGAAAGUGUGCAUCUUGGGUCUUACGUCACUUCUUGCACUUCCCAGUGAACAGAUAGCAGGGGAGGCUCUUGGGCGUGUAUUCAGGACUUCCCUUGAUCUCCUGGUUGCGUAUAAGGAUCAAAUUGCAGAAGCUGCAAAGGAAGAAGAGGCUGAAGAUGAUGAUGACAUGGAUGGUUUCCAGACUGACGAUGAUGACGAGGAUGGUUCUGACAGGGAAAUGGGAGUCGAUGCAGAGGAUGAAAAUGAAGCUGAUAGCCUCAGACUUCAAAAAAUAGCUGCCCAGGCUAAAGCUUUCCGUGCUGCUGCUGCUGAUGAGGACGAUGAGGACUCUGAUGAUGAUUUUAGUGAUGAUGAAGAGAUGCAGUCACCAAUCGAUGAUGUUGACCCUUUUAUUUUCUUUGUAGACAUUGUCAAGGCUCUUCAAGCAUCAGAUCCUAUGAAGUUUCAGAACCUUAUGCAGACACUGGAUUUCCAUUAUCAAGCUCUUGCAAAUGGCGUUGCUCAACAUGCUGAACAGCGGAAAGCUGAGAUCGAAAAGGAGAACAUGGAGAAGGCUUCUGCUGCAGCUGCUCCACCAUCAUGAGUUUGGCUUUGUCUUGAAUUUUCGGUUCUCGCUACAAGUACAUCGAUAAUCUCUUUUCAUUUAGAAAUGGUUUUAUGAAACCGUGAUUUGUUUCCAGUCCCAAAGUGAUCAAGCACCGAAAGGCUUACGUCAAAUCCAUGGAGCUGUGUAUAAAAGCUACUCGUUCAUCCGCCGAACGCGGAUUUACGAACUCUUAAUUUUCCACUUUUAUCAGGUUAUGAUUUUAGUCGAGUGAUCUGGCAAUUCUUUUGGCAGAAGAUGCCCGGUCUCCGCUGGUUUGUGUUUGCUUCCCUUAGUCCUUCCAUUCCUCAUUUUAUCUGCCAUACUUUCACACUAUUCGUAAAAAUUUUGGUUGCCGAUUUGUAUGAAUAUGACGU